CUUUUUCUGGAAACGAAACACCGGCGGAGAAGACUGACGUCAUCACCUAAGGACAGCAAUUGAAGGAGGAUGUAGUGGAUUUUGGUGGAUUAAAGCAACGACCAGCUCAGUGUUAAUCCCCAGACUGGAUUAAAGCAACCAUCGAAACCGUCUGCAACGUUGAUAAUCGAAGCAGGGUCAAGAAAUUUCAAGGAAACGAGAAGUACGGGCUGAAAACAGUAACCGGGCCGAGAGAAGCUGAGUGCUGUCUCCCUGGUGACCGUGAGGGGAUCUCACCUGCUCAGCUCUGCAAAUUCUCUCAUCUCCUGUCCUGUGGUUAUGUCUUCUGUGGAUUCCAGUGGGGAUGGGGGGAAGUGGCUGGAUGCCCACUACGACCCAGUGGCUGGUCUCUACACCUUCUCGUCCUGCAUAGACCUGGCAGAUCUUAGCGGGGACAGGGAGAGCCGACUCGUGGUCGGGGACCUGGGCACCGGCUCAUCAGGCAUGAAGCUUAAGGUCUACCGUGGCACGGCACUCAUAAGUGAAAAUAGCCUGCUGGACCUACCUGCUGGCCUGGUCGCCUUUUUCAUGGACCUGCAUGAGCCCCGUAUCCCCGCCGUGGCUGUGGCCUCUGGACCAUGCAUCUAUGUCUACAAAAACCUGCGGCCAUACUUCAAGUUCACACUUCCGAGCCUGGACAUCAACCCACUGGAGCAGGAUGUGUGGCAGCAGGCGAGGGAGGGUCAAAUCGACCCUGUGAUGCUGAAGGAGAUGCUGGAAAGUAUCAGGAAGAAGGCAGACGUCCCGCUAUCCGUGCGAUCGCUCAGGUUCCUGUCUCUGGAGUCUGAUGAGGUGGAUGAGUUUGUUCAGCUGUACAAACAGCAGCCAAUCAGGCGGCAGACGGUCAUCACCUGCAUUGGAACUCUGAAGAAGAGCACAGCCGACGAGGACGGGAUUAGCUGUUUGGUGAUUGGUACAGAGAACAGCGACGUCUUCAUCCUUGACCCUGAAGCUUUCACCAUUCUCUGCAAGAUGUCUCUUCCCACUGUUCCCACCAUAAUGGACGUCACAGGUCAGUUUGAUGUGGAAUUCCGCAUCACAGUUGCAUGUCGCAAUGGCAGCAUCUACAUCCUGCGCAGGGAAUCAGAGAAACCAAAGUACUGCAUCGAGUUGUCGUCUCAUCCUGUUGGGCUGGUGAGAGUUGGGAAGAACAUGGUUGUAGGAUGCACUGAUGAGAGUCUACAGGGUUUCACACAGAAGGGUAAGAAGUUGUGGAAGAUCAUCUUGCCGGCUCCUGUCACUACAAUGGCUGCCAUGGACCUCCCCACCAGGGGCCUUCAGGCUGUCCUGGUGGGCCUGGCAAACUGUCAGGUCCAUCUGUACAGGGAUAAGAACCUGCUUAGUACCAUCAAGACCCCCGAUACAGUCACCAGCAUCUGCUUUGGUCGGUACGGUCGUGAGGAUGGGACCCUUAUAAUGACCACAAAGGGAGGUGGCCUCAUGGUUAAGAUCCUGAAAAGGACGGCGGUGUUUGAUGACAUGGACAGCACUCCUGGCCCGCCAUUGGCUCAGAGUGUCCGCCUCAAUGUCCCUAAGAAAACCAAGCUGUAUGUGGACCAGACACUGCGGGAACGGGAGAAUGGCCUGGCAAUGCACCGAGCCUUCCACAUGGACCUGAGCCGCACGAGAGUGGCUGCUGCCAGAGCCUAUGUCAAAGCUCUGGAGUCCAGCCUGACUCCUAUGUCCUCCAGCCUCUCAAAGCCCCUGAAGAUGAACGCCGUGGUUCAGGGCCUGGGCCCAUCCUUUAAACUGACCCUUAAUAUCCAGAAUACAGCGUCCUGUCGGCCCAUCAUGAAUCUGGCCAUCAACUUCCUUUACGACGACAACCUGUAUCGGAUCAGGAACCCAUACAUGAAGAUCCCACUGCUGGUGCCAGGACUUAUUUACCCUGUUGAGACCUUUGUGGAGUGUACCAGUGACAAGGGAAUCUCUGACAUCAUCAAGGUGUUUGUGUUGCACGAAGAGAAGAGCUCUCCUCUGCUGACGGCUCACAUCAACAUGCCGGUCAGUGAGGGUCUGGUGCUCAGCUAAAGCCCAACCUUCCUGUUGGAAGGUGCAGAAUGUGGAGAGGAACCCUUCAGUUCAAGAACUGGUUAACAGUGAUAGCUUUGAGGAGUUAGUCCAGCCCAGAGUUAGUGAAUGUCUCCGCUGGUUAGAUCACUGGUUUCCAGCAGUAAGCAAUGAUCUAUGAGCUGUAAACCAAACAAUAUGAAUCAAACGCCUCCAGACUGGUGGUAGCAUUAAUAUUGAAAUAUUAUUAUGCUAAGAGAAAACUCCACGUUCCAACCUGAUGAAGUGUCCUUCAAAACUGUUGGAACAAUAUCUGCCUAGAGGGAGCAGGCCUGAAUGGUUUUAACACUAACAGAUGACUAACAGCACUAUCAUAUUGUACAGGACAGUGGUUCUUCAUCCAUUUACUGAUUCAAACACAGAUCAAACCCAAAGUAAAAAGUGUCUGUAAAUAAAAUGAUUACAUGUUUUCUCCUUAGAUAUGCUGUACUAAAUUGUAGCUGUGUCAGAAUAAAAAUAAAAGUAAAACUUGUGCACAGUAA